AUGGAUAUUGCCCAACCUGACGACGAAGAGAACCAAAACCAUACAACUCCACAUUUCACAUGGCGCGCCGUCCUAGCUGGACUCAUAAUUGGUUUUUUCAUCAAUCUUUCCAACACUUAUUAUGGCCUGCGAAUCGGUGCCGCCAGCCAGAUGUCGAUCGUUUCGGCGCUCCUCGGCUUCGUCACUUUUCAAUUCCUACAGCGUUAUCUUCGAAUUUCUCUUAACCCCUCAGAAAAUUCCCUGCUUCUCAGUGUCUCCACAUCCGUAGGGUGCAUGCCCGUCGCAGCUGGCUUCAUCAACGUCAUUCCGGCGCUAGAGUUUCUGCUCAGCUCAGAAGAGAAGGGACCACUUCUACUAAGCGCCAAAAGUCUCAUUGUGUGGUCUAUUGGGCUUUGCUCCUUUGGUCUCCUAUUUGCUGCCGUAUUUCGCGACCAUUUUGUCGUGCAAGAAAAAUUGCCGUGGCCUGGGGCAAAACGUGCAGCCAAUCUCAUCAACUCACUUUAUCACCAGAAUCCGCAGCCGAGCAUGGGCCACCAAAGCGCCAGAGACGAGGCAAAUAGACAGCCCGACAACGAAGAAGACACAGAUCACAGCAGUUUUGCUAGAGAGGAGCAAGCACUUCUCACUCCCCAACCCACUAUCGAUGGGUUUCGGUGGGAUCGUGGCAUGCAAAGCCUCUUCCGAGGAACUCUCCUCUCCUGGGGCCUUGGUAUGAUUGUUUACUUUGUUCCGGUCUUGCGCGAGAUCCCAGUCUUUGGGCGCACUGCGUCCAAGAACUGGUUGUGGUCUGUUGAUCUCUCUCCGGGAUUUUUUGGCCAGGGCAUGAUGACAGGUCCUACCGUUCCGCUACAUACGAUGAUGGGUGCCGUUGCUGGCUGGGGAACUUUGUCACCGUAUGCAAAGAAACAAGGUUGGGCCCCGGGCAAUGUUGAUGACUGGGAAAACGGAGCAAGGGGCUGGAUAAUCUGGGUCGCUCUGGCCUCGCUACUUGCUGACGCAUUCGUCAAACUCGGGUGGUUUACCUGGCGGGAAGUUGUCCAUUUUAGCGACGACACAGCAAUUAUGGAUGGAGAAAAUGAAAAUGAGAUCAACACCGGCCAUAAUUACCCAUCAUCGAUAAUCGGAAGAAGACGGUUGAUUUUCUACUUCUUGGUGUCGGCUAUAAUCUGUGCAGUAAGUGUGCAUGCUACUUUUGGCUCUGUCGUGCCAUGGUACUACACUGGUUUGGCUCUCACUUUGGCCCUUCCUACAGCGGUAGUCGGGAUCAGGUCUAUUGCAGAAACUGACCACAACCCCGAAUGCGCUUUAGUAUCACACCUUGUAUUUGGGACAUUUCUAUCCUCUUCGAAUCCUAACGCAAUCCUCAUCGACCUCUUCUCUGCAGCAAUCUCACAGGCUGGUGCAAGCCAGUCAGGAGACAUCUCCCAUAACUUCAGGAUUGGACAGCUUGUUGGAUCAAGCCCAAAAGUUCAGCUUCAUGGACACAUAAUUGGGUCAAUUCUUGGCGCGCUCAUCUCGUGUGGUGCCUACAGAUUGUACGCGUCGCAACAUUCGAUUCCAGGGCCCCUAUUCAGAAUCCCUGCUGCAUUUCUAUUCAUAAACACGGCAAGAGUGGCGAUAGGCCAUGGUCUUCCAGAAGGUGUCGCCCCAUUCGCAAUAGGGGCAGCAGUGUUCUCUGGCAUGAGCACCAUCGUCAAGAUGAGAUAUGCAAAUCGGUGGUGGCAGACGUUUAUUCCCACGGGUGUUUCCUUUGCAAUCGGGAUUUACAACACGCCAUCCUUCACGAUCACCCGCAUAAUGGGGGCUGUGUUCUACUGGGCAUGUGCAAAUUUCGGGCGUGAAAAGGGAAGGAAGAACAAUGAUUUGCUCGUGCUCGCCAGUGGGCUUGUUUUGGGCGAGUCCGUCGCGAGCCUCACAGGUCUUGUUUCUACGAUGAUGUUUAAAAGGUUUGGUGGGCACUAA